AUGCAUUCUGCCCUCUCGUCUGAUGGUAGCCUUGCAGCUAUAGUGUCACCUGCUGCAACUAGUCGGCUGAUGAUUCAAGUCUAUCAAUUGUCAUCUUCAUCUUGUUCCUUAAAUAUGACAUUGACCCACUCAUCACCAAAUCCAUUGAAAGAUUUGGCUUUUUGUGGGAACGCCAUGGUUGUGGGACUUUUGGGAACUUCAGAAAUUGUUGUCUGGGACUUGGAGCGUGGGGUUGUUGCGAAUAAAAUGAUGUCCUCGUCGGAAGAUCAAAACUUUCUCGCAUUGUCAGGCGACUCGGAUGGAGAAAAGUUUUCAAUUCUGACACAGCACUCUCAAAAACUCUACGUCUACGAGUAUCUUGCUUCAAGCAGUAAAUUGACACGAAAGGUGAAGAGCGGCAAAUUUGAGGGGGAUAUGAAAGACGCCUACAUGGCACUAUCAAAGAAGCGGAUUGUUGUACAAACAUCAGGUGGUGCUCGUGUGAUGGAUCGAGCGACUGGAAAGAAGGAGGGAAAGAUCAAAUCCAAAAACUUUGCUCGCAUCUUUGUCUGUCCAUCAGAUGAAAACUUGCUGGUUGGUGUCGAAAACUCUGGAUCCGUCGCCGUGUACAACCUUUCUACAAUGAAGAAGGUCGUCAGUAUUCCUCAAGUAUUCUCCUCGAGCACAAGUCCAUUGCAGAUGAUCAAGAGUAGCAAUGGGAAACACACGCUCCUUGCUGAUCAUACGCUACAUACGAUCACUGGUUCGACCGCUAAAAAGUUGACUCAAGCGACAUCGGCUCGUCCAAUUGCAAUGUUCUUGAUCCGAGACCAACUUCUUGCUUUGAUUCAUCAACCUACUGGAGGAUGCAGUGCCGAAUGGGUCGCCUUGGAAGACGAAGACUUACCAUCCAUUAUCAAACUCGACGAAGAAAACGAAUCAAAGACGGAAAGUAAGAGUGCUACAAAGCGCAAGGCGCCUUCUGAAGCCAAGAUUCUGGGGCCUGGACAAGCCGGAAUGGAGAUUGUACCUCCGUCCAAGAAGCCAAAGGCAUCAAGUGUAGAUGAGGAUGAAAACGAGAGGACAGAAGAAGAUGAGUUGAAAGAAAUGUCCAUUGCCGAACGAUUACAGCAAAUGAGUCGAGCGAUGGAAGAGGAAGACGAGGACAACGACGAUGAUGAUGACGAAGAUGACGAAGAAACGCCACCAACAACCUUCAAGCCAAAGACAGCAACGACAGAAUCUCUGAAACAGUUACUCUCUCAAGCAUUGCAGUCAGGGGAUGAUAAUCUUUUGGAAUUGGCUUUGGGCGUACGAGACGUUCAAGUAAUUUCGACUACCAUGAAGGAGCUCGAGCCUGCUCACAUUGUUCUUUUGGUGAGCAAGCUGACCUCCAGAUUAGCGUCCACACCACUAAGAGCCGAACAGCUGUCGACAUGGCUUUCGUACUGUCUAAAGACGGGACGAUUCCAGCCUCAAAACUUGUCAGCGUUGCGAAACUUGCUGUUCGAGAGAAUAGAAAGCUUCUCCGACUUGCUGCGACUGGAAGGAAGGUUAGCGAUGAUGCGCGACAUUGAAUAA